AUGAAACUAGUUCUGAUUUCGCUUAUCGCCAUUAUGGACUCCAGUUUUGCUACAGUCCCCAGCAGUACGGGUGCGACAUCGCAGUUGAUUACCGAAAUCAUCGACGAGUACUACGUUCUGCGUCAAGUGCCGUUGCUGUUCGCAAGUGAAGCCAAGCAUAUUCAACUGGACCUGAUCGACGAAAUCAUUCCAAAUUUGCGCUACCCUAGAGUAAUUCAGCUUGAUCCCACCGUCUGCGGAUAUUCGUCGUGGUCUUACGCUAUAUUUUUCCUGGAUAACUACGAAAGCCUCAAAACACGCAUUAGCCAGUUGAACUCGGAUCGGUAUGAUCUCUUCGGAUACUAUACAUUUGUGUUCUAUCACAUCAACAAAACGGAUAUUCUGAACACGUUCAACGCCCUCUGGAAGCUCAAAAUCAUCCGUGCCGUACUCAUCGUAGUUAGCGAUGAUAAACCGCAAAUAUACAACUACUCUCCUUACUCGCAAAACCGUUGCGGGAAACCUACAGUUCAGCACGUUCAGAACCGGGCAUCUACCGAGCUAUUCAUGCAACAUCUGAACGAUUUCUACAGCUGUCCACUCCGAUUAGGCACCUUCCAGUCACCUCCUUUCGUCAAUAUACAAUCUCCAGGACCGAACCGUCCAGUCGUAGUCAGUGGCUUCGAAGGAGAUCUCGUCACCAUGCUCUCUGUCCAGCUAAACUUCAACCUAACUGUAGUAACUCCUCCGGACAAUGCCGAAUGGGGUGAAGCUCGAGCCCAAAAUAGCACCGGUUUGAUGGGAGUCCUACAGGCUGGAUUAGUGCACUUUGGAAUCGGUUGUCUUGGUAUAAUUCCCCAACGGAACGAAAUCCUCCAGCCUGGUAGACCGCAUUACACCUCUCGCAUCCUGUUUGCCGUUCCAGAUGGACUUGCUUGGACUUCCUUCGAAAAGUUAUUCAGACCGUUCCAAAGCUUCGUUUGGUAUUCGUUUGGUGGCCUGAUUGGCGGUAUGGCUGCUCUUGCACUGUUCCUGAAAUUUGCUCCGGAUACAGUUCGGGACUUCAUCUAUGGAAAGGAUAGUCGAACUCCUUUUCUGAAUUUCUUCAACAUUUACUAUACCGGAGUACUGCAUAAACUUCCCAAACGGAACUUCGCACGAACGCUCUUAAUCCUCUGGAUCCUACACUGCUUUGUAGUCCGAAGUCUGUACCAAGGAUUGCUGUUCAAGUAUCUUCAAGCGGAAUCCAACCACAAGCCGGUAGAGACAAUCAACGAAAUUGAGCAAUCUGAUUUGUACUACUACAUCUUCAAGAUGUCCGAGCGAUUCUUCCAGAAUAAUUCCCGCGUGCUGAGUCGCGUUCGGCUCUUGAAACCCGGAAACGACACCAUAAACGUCCAGAUGGAUGCGCUGUCCACCAGGAAGCUUCGGGAUGGUGUUGUGCUGGUUACCCUCGAACAUCUGGCCUACCACAACACGCUCCGAUUGGAAAAGGGCUUCGUGCGAUGCACCCGGGACGCGAUCAGUUCGUAUCCCAUGGUUAUCUAUUAUCCGAAGCGGACGUUCUUGGUGCGGGUUCUGAACCGGGUCAUCGGACAGAUCGAAACCGCUGGACUGAUGGAGUUCUGGGUGCGACGGUAUGGAAACUAUAAUUUCUUUCCGAAGAUGAUCACAGUGGGACAACCGACGGCGCUGAGCAGUCAUCAUCUGAUGGGAUGCUAUCAGAGUGCGUGCGUUCUGGGGAUUCUAGCCUGUGGGGUGUUUGCGCUGGAGUUGGUUUCGGUGAAGAUUGCUAUUCUGAGGAGGUUUCUGGAGUUUCUUGCAGAUAAGUGA